GGGAACGGGAGCCGGUGUCUGGAAGUUACUGGGAUGAACCCCCUGUCUCCGUAUUUAAAUGUGGAUCCAUGCUAUCUUGUUCAGGAUACCGAUGAGUUCAUUUUGCCAACUGGAACUAACAAAACCCGAGGCAGAUUUGAGCUAGCCUUCUCUACCAUUGGAGGAUAUUGCGUGACAGGGGCCACAUUUGGGGCAAUGAACGGUCUGCUGUUAGGACUGAAGGAAACCCAGAGCAUGGCCUGGUCCAAACCAAGAAACGUACAGAUUUUGAAUAUGGUGACGAGGCAAGGGGCACUUUGGGCUAAUACUCUAGGCUCCCUGGCUCUGCUCUAUAGUGCAUUUGGUGUUAUCAUUGAGAAAACACCAGGUGCGGAAGAUGACCUCAACACAGUAGCAGCCGGAACCAUGACGGGAAUGUUGUAUAAAUGUACAGGUGGUCUUCGAGGAAUAGUACGUGGUGGCCUGGCAGGACUGACCCUCACCAGUCCCUGUGCACGGUAUAACAACUGGGAGCACAUGAAAGCUUCCCUGCCCCAACAGUCACUCUGAAGAUGUUGCCACCUCUGGACUGGGGGACAUUUCAUAGUCAUCCAGAUUGAUUACUAAGUCAGUCUGGAGUUGCUUUCUCACGUGUACCGACAAUUACUUUGAACAAUUGGAGACUCUGAUUUGCUGGGACAAAGAUCAUGGGUGGUUAGCCUGGACUGAACUGCUUGCCCUUAGUGAGUGGAAGCCAACCCCUUGGUGGCUCACUGAGUAUGUGUUCUCUUCUCCUUUGGAGAUGAUCUUGCACCUGUUUUCUCUCCUACCCCAAACUGGAAAACCACUUACUCUCCAAAUUCAGACCAGACUUAUUUUCAACACUUUCAUCACCAUGUUUAUCAUUUAAAAAUCUAAAACUACUGUUGCCCUGUAUUCCAAAUAAAGGGUGAAAAUAGAACCAAA